GUGUGGCUGCGUCCAGGACGAGGACGAGGGGGUUGCAGCCGUGCAGAUCGACGACACCUGCUAAUGCGACAGACGGGCAACGAGACGACGAGGAGUGGUCGGCCAUAGAGGCUGUCGGACUACAGGUGUGGGAAGACCAGCGGCAACAUUUGCGGCAGUCGACGACGUCCGGCAUAACGAGAGGUGUGGCGAGGAUGCAUGUCGGCGCACAAGAUACAAUCGUGGACAACGACAACGGAGGGCCUGAAGAUAGCGGAGGUGACGACGGUGCGAACGACCACGACGAAGAAGACGAGGACGCCGGAAUGGAGAUCCGUCCACUUGGGAGGAAACGGGGAGUGCGGUCUGCCACGAAGAAGUGUAGUGAAGCGCGCGCGGGGAGGAAGGGGAAGAAGGCUGCGGAGGACACGUCGGCAGGCGAGGGAAGCAAAAGCAGAGACUUUUGGUCGGUCGACCAUAUGAUCGCUCUCGUCCGAGCUAAACGGGACCAGGAUGUGCAUCUCGCAGGCCUUGGACACAACUACGGGCGGAUGAAAUCGAGGACGUGGAAGUGCGAUGACACGGAGAAGAGGAAGGAGAAAGAGUCCGACUUCCGGAUGGGUGAGCGUGUGUACCGGGAGAUGGAGGCCAUGACGAAGGCAGAUCACACCGUCCAUCUAGCCAACCUGGCGGACACGGGAGCGGACGGGAGUGUCCAGAUGGGCGGUUCUGCCGCCGGACAGCACGAGUUGGUGGCUAGCGAGGGGGGUGGAGAGGGGCAGGACGACGAGGCGGGAUUGACGCGGAAUUCAACGUUUAGCGGUGGGAGUGGUGGAGGGGCAGGAAACAAGAAAAAUGUCAGACAACAAACCUUUGAGGCUAUCACAGACAUGAUGGACAAGCACGGGCAAUGGAUGGCGACAACAGUGGACACUGCGAGCAAACGACAGUGCUCGAUUCUGACAAGGCGGAGUGAUAUUCUCGAGCAGGAGGUGGACGUGCAGAGUCAGCACUACGAAAAGGCCGAUUAGGCGAACCUCAUGAUGUGCAACACUCUGUUGGAGAUGUAGUGCUGUUUUUUUUUUUUCUAUCACCCUCGGUUGCUGUCUGGACAAUCGGAUGGAUGUAGCGUCGGGCGGCCACUAGGAAGG